AGUUUUCUCAGGAGUGUAUUACCAGUUUAAUGAAUAGUAAUCAUUGAUACAUUUAAAAGGAUUAUAAAGAAUCUAGGAUUCGUCAUUUACAGUUAAACCUGGCAAAGGCUUGUAUUAAAUUUUUCCUUAGCAAUGCCGCUUACUAACCUACUGAGAUCUUUCUCUACCGAGAAGUCCAUCGGUCUUGAAAAACCUCAAUCGACUAUCAUUAUGGAAUCGUUAUUUAUGGAACUCGAAUUUCACAUCAGAGAACUAGAGGAGCAAGAAAGAGAACAAGAAAAGCAGGAAAGACGUAAGAAAACAGGUGUCGAUUAUAGUUGGUUGGUUACGUCUACUCCUAAACGUUACGAAAUAUCACACAUAGAUAGAAUGGAAUUAGAGGAAUUUGGGCGACAGGUUCAACCUGUUGAGUGUUCAAAAGUAAUAGCCCUUUUUAGGGAUGCUAUAGCAGCGGAGAGAGAUUAUACGAAAUUGGCGGGUCUAUUAAAAACUUGCAUUAAGCAGGUCUUAGAAGGACGACCGAAGGAAGAAACUAUGAGUGAGUGGAUGCAUAAAAGCUUAGUUAAUUUAAAAAAGAUAGCUCCAUCUGCUAAAGUCACACCUAUUUCCUACGAAAGUGAAUUAAAACCAUCCAGUUCUUCAUCAAAUUUUACUGCAGAUGGUGUGGAGAGUUUACCAGUUUAA